AGUUUGCCUCCUGCAUGUGAAUUGCUACCACCUCCAUGGAGGAUAACUGACAAUAUCUACUAAAAUUGCAAAUGCGCAUUCCUGUUGCCCUGCCAAUUCCACAUUGUCUGUAAUGGAAAAGGAUUGGAAAUAACCUAAAUGUCUGCCAACAGGGAACCACUUAAAUAAAUUAUGAGGAAUUCAUACUCUCAAAAUAUAUGCAGUUACACAAAUGAGUGAAGAAGCUUUUGUGAAAGUUGUCAGAAUCAUAAUCGAGUCACUUCAGUUAAAAAAAAAAAUCUGAAAAUGGAAGGCCCACAAGGCAGGGUUCUCAUGCGUAAAUAACCUGGGAACAAAAGUCAUCACAAAGGACUCUGUAAAAUGACAACCUUACACAAAAAAUACUUCUGUGAGGACAUCCACCAGCAACUGCCUGUCUAACCCUGGACUUGUGUCACCCUUGUUAUUGAUCCUUGUAGCCAAGGCUGAUCAUCUCAAAGAGAUUAUGCAGGAUGACGCAAAACACGGUGAUUGUGAACGGAGUUGCUAUGGCCUCUAGGCCAUCCCAGCCCACCCACGUCAACGUCCACAUCCACCAGGAGUCAGCUUUGACACAACUGCUGAAAGCUGGAGGUUCUCUGAAGAAGUUUCUUUUUCACCCUGGGGACACUGUGCCUUCCACAGCCAGGAUUGGUUAUGAGCAGCUGGCUCUAGGGGUGACUCAGAUAUUGCUGGGGGUUGUGAGUUGUGUUCUUGGAGUGUGUCUCAGCUUGGGGCCCUGGACUGUGCUGCGUGCCUCAGGCUGUGCCUUCUGGGCGGGGUCUGUGGUGAUCGCAGCAGGAGUUGGGGCCAUUGUCCAUGAGAAGCACCCGGGCAAACUUGCUGGCUAUAUAUCCAGCCUGCUCACCCUGGCAGGCUUUGCUACAGCUAUGGCUGCUGUUGUCCUCUGCGUGAAUAGCUUCAUCUGGCAAACUGAACCCUUUUUAUACAUCGACACUGUGUGUGAUCGCUCAGACCCUGUCUUCCCUACCACUGGGUACAGAUGGAUGCGGCGAAGUCAAGAGAACCAAUGGCAGAAGGAGGAGUGUAGAGCUUACAUGCAGAUGCUGAGGAAGUUGUUCACAGCAAUCCGUGCCCUGUUCCUGGCUGUCUGUGUCCUGAAGGUCAUUGUGUCCUUGGCUUCCUUGGGAGUAGGUCUUCGAAACUUGUGUGGCCAGAGCUCCCAGCCCCUGAAUGAGGAAGGAUCAGAGAAGAGGCUACUGGGGGAGAAUUCAGUGCCCCCUUCGCCCUCUAGGGAGCAGACCUCCACUGCCAUUGUCCUGUGAGCCGCCAAAGACCCCACGGGGUGCCCGCAUGUCCCUGUCUAGGGCAGCCCAGGGCCCCCACUCCUGGCUCCUCACACUUGCCUCCCCUAUGGCCGCUCUCCAGACCCUCCUCCUUUCUUCUCCCCACAUCCGCACCUGCUGUUCCCACUCCGGGGUUCUCAAGUCCAUGAACAGAUAUUGUUGCAUUUUCCACAAUGCUGAUUAAACAUAAUAAACAAUCCAGAAAAGCAA